AUGAAUGGUUUUGGAAAACUUGAGCAUUUUUCAGGAGCAGUAUAUGAAGGACAGUUUAAGGACAAUAUGUUUCAUGGAUUGGGAACUUAUACUUUCCCAACUGGGGCAAAAUACACUGGAAAUUUCAAUGAAAAUAGGGUGGAAGGUGAAGGGGAGUACACUGACACCCAGGGACUUCAGUGGAGCGGUAACUUUCAUUUCACAGCUGCUCCGGGCCUGAGACUGAAGCUCUACAUGUAGAUGUUCUAAAUUUAAGUUUAAAUGGGGUAAUUGAAGUUUUCAGUUCUAAGUAGAGCAACUAACUCUGUCAUCCGAAAUAACUUCAUACAGUACCUCUACAAGUUUUCCAAUAAAACCAUCACUCGUUUA